AAUGAACUCAAACUCUGAUUAGUAAUCAUGUUUUCUAAUUCCUUAGUCAUUUCCUUUUCAAAGUAUUACUUAUAGGAAAUUCUGGUGUCGGCAAGUCAUGUAUGCUUAUGAGAUAUUCUGUAUUAUUUGUUCAUUAAUUUUUUUUAAGGAAAAUCAAUUCACCAAUAAUUUCUAUAAUACUAUUGGAGUGGAUUUUAAAACUAAAACUGUUGCUAUAGGAGAACACAAUGUUAAAUUGCAAAUUGUAAUAUAUAUAAUAAUAUAAAAAUAGUGGGACACUGCAGGCUAAGAUCGAUUUAGAACUAUAACCUGUAGUUAUUAUAGAGGUGCCCAAGGUAUUAUAAUCGUUUAUGAUAUUACUGACAGGGAAUCCUUUGAAAAUGUGAAAACUUGGAUUGCAGAAAUUGAUAAGUAAUCUUUAUAAUUAAUAUAAGAUAUGCGUCAGAAUCAGUGAAUAGAAUGCUAGUAGGAAAUAAGGCUGAUAUUACAGAAAGGAGAGAAGUCUCAUAUGAAGAAGGUUUAGAAUUAUGUAAUUCUAAUUUAUAUUCCAUAAUUAGCAAGACAAUAUUAAUUUCCAUUCUAUGAAACAAGUGCCAAAUCAUCAAUCAAUAUUGAAGCUGCAUUUACUCAUAUUACCAAAAAUAUUUUGAACCGGGAAAUUCAUAAUUCAAAAGCUGUAGUUAGAAAAACAUCAAAUAUGAGAUUAUAAACAAGAUAAUAGUAAUAAUAAUAGGAAAAAAAGAAACAAGAAGAUUUAUGUUGUUGA